ACAUAUCUUGAACCAGUGGAGAUAAGACACCAACUUUAGCUGGUUAGACCAGAAAUGGGCGGGAACCUGGAAGUAGCCUUUAACUCUCAGUACAGUGUUUACAGGAAACAUCACGUACUGUAGCCUAUAAGGGACAGGAAGCCGUUAAAAUACGCGAUACAGCGCGAUAAAGGACCAACUAACUUGUCUGUUCGUAUCUGACUGUUAAUACCUAAAUACUUUGUCGUUUCAAUCACAGUAAGGUUAUAGCUUACAGCUUCUGACCGUCACUGAAUCUAAACCAAUGUAGUUUUCAACGUGCAACAGUGUAGAGAGACAUCUUUAACGGCUGGACGGAAGUAAACAACAGCAGACCCUCUCCCUCCAUGAUGAAAACGUGUAGCUACACGCCCGCUUAUCCUAUAAACCUGCCUAAAUCGAAAAACAUUCAUGACAGAUGUUGCCUUCGGCGUAUAACUACAGGAUGUCGUUACCCGUCCAUUCCGAGAAAUACUCGGGUCUUUACGUGAAUCCGACGAGACACGAAGUAUAAACUCGUCCCACUCACUGUACCGUAGCUUUACCGAAGCUCCACCAUUGGUCCCAACCGUCCAUCCGCCGGGGAAAGGAGGCGGAGGCGACCGGUUGAAUGACAGCCGUAACCGUGUUGACACUUAGGAGUCGAGACAGCCUCCGGGUCCCACACGGGCCUACCUAUUUCACAUUUACACUGCGUGAAGAUAUCGGAUGAAAGAGGAGGGGCGCUGGAACAGUUCUUUUGCCACGGGGGGAUGUUGCGGACCGUGUGCGGGCUGCGUGACGGGACGAUACGGUGUCGUGGCUGAACGGACGUUUUCACAGGUUGAUGAUUCGCGUUUGGCACCGAGCAGGAAAGCCAGCAAAAGUAAAUACAUGGUGUGGGUCUCUAUAGGCUGCUCCUACAAACACGGACUCACAUUAAAAGGAGAAAUAGGCGGUGCCUGCUAAUUCCUGGAAAUAGACAGACCUCCGACCAGAAUGACACAUUUAACGUCUGCAGGUUGGAGUUCAUUCGCUGAAAUUGACGCUCAGACCUGGGCUACAGGCUGCGUGUAGGAGGCUCAUCUGUCAGUAAAAGACCGACUGUCUCGUACAUUUUGACAGAUAGCCAAUCCAAUCUGUUAUUCAAAACGGUGCUCUUAUGUCAGUGACCUAUAUCUCAUGCAUGUGCGCCAAGAGCCCACAGUAACCUCUCAACCAGAUCAGAAAGCAUGGGGAUCAACGGGUUAGACAAUCAGCCGUCCAGCGGAGUGUGCCGGACGGAGCAGCCGGCUGCGGAUCCCCAGAUGGAGCAGAGAGAUGCUCCCCGAGAAGCGGACAGGAGCAAGGAUGAUCAUGCGGCCGGCAGAGAGUGCAAAAUCGUGCAGGAGGACAGCACCGCGCAGCUGAUCAAGGCCGGGUGCAAGCCGCCCCUCUCCCCGGCUUCCGAUUCCGACGCGGGGGUCCAGGUGGAGAGGCACGGCCACGGAGCCGGAUUCGUCCCGCCCGAGGGAGGGUUCGGCUGGCUGGUGGUUCUCGCCGCAACCUGGUGCAACGGGUCCAUCUUCGGGAUCCAAAACUCUUUCGGCAUCCUGCAUAUGAUGCUGGUGAAGGAGCACGCAGAUCCCGAAGACAAGACGUCUCAGUUCAAAGUGGCCUGGGUCGGGGCUCUGGCCAUGGGCAUGAUCUUCUUUUGUUCACCUGUGGUCAGCAUGUUCACCGACCGCUUCGGCUGCAGGAAGACAGCCGUCAGCGGGGCGGCACUGGCAUUCAUAGGGUUGCUCAGUACAUCUUUUGCAAACUCCCUGAGCCUUCGCUAUUUCACGUAUGGCAUACUGUUCGGCUGCGGCUCCUCCUUUGCCUUCCAGCCCUCAUUAGUCAUCCUUGGCCACUACUUCCGCCAGCGCCUGGGCCUGGCCAAUGGCAUAGUGACGGCUGGUGCCAGCCUCUUCUCCAUGGGCCUACCAGUUUUCCUCAACAAGGUGGUGGAACCUCUAGGCCUCAGCAGGACCUUCCAGAUCCUCAGCCUCUUCAUGCUGGUCCAGGCCCUGCUGGCGCUAACGUUCAAACCUUUACUGCCUGCUGGAGGAGGCAUGGGACCGCCGGAGAUGGGGCCUGGCCCCACUGAGCCCCAAACCCAGUUGGGUGCUACCGCUCAGGGUGGGAGCAGGUGGAGCAGGGUUGUUGCUGGGCUCAGGAAAUACUUCAACCUGCGUGUGUUUCACAUCGUGACGUACCGGGUGUGGGCGUUUGGAGUAGCUACAGCUGUGUUGGGCUACUUUGUGCCAUAUGUCCAUCUGAUGAACUUUGUGAAGGAGCAGUUCAAGGGGACCCAGAAGGAGUGGGUGCUCCUGGUGUGCAUAGGAGCUUCAUCUGGGGUGGGACGCCUUGCUUUCGGCAAGAUUGGCGACCUCAUACCUGGUCUUAAAAAGAUCUACAUGCAGGUCGUGUCCUUCAUGGCUCUGGGCCUGAUGUCCAUAAUGAUUCCCCAGUGCUCGGUGUUCGAGGGGCUGGUGGUUGUGUGUGUGUUCCUGGGGCUGUGCGACGGCUGCUUCCUCACCAUGAUGGCUCCCAUAGCUUUCGAGCUGGUCGGGCCCAUGCAGGCCUCGCAGGCCAUAGGCUACCUUCUAGGCCUCAUGGCUCUUCCCAUGACAGCGGGUCCACCCAUCGCCGGUCUCCUACAUGAUUACUUUGGGAACUACACGGUGGCCUUCUCCCUGGCUGGGGUGCCUCCUAUGGUGGGGGGCGUGGUGCUGUUCUUUGUGCCCCUGAUACACUCCAGGCUCCAGCGAGGUCAGGCAGCAGGGUCACCAGAGGAGACGUCCACGACCGCCCACAUGCUGCCCACUGCGCCGCCACUGGAGGAGCCCAAGAGCUGCUCCAAUGGAGACAUCCUUCCUGGCUAUACUGACGUAGAGACACACAUCUGAGUCGCAGCAUACAAAAGGGAUUCAGCCCACCAGCACCUUUUCUCAUCCUUAUAUUGCCCUCCACCCAAACAGAGCUCCCAACCAUGGACUUCCUGUUGGCUUUAACCCUCAUUGGCUGUUUGUUAGUUUUAUAUAGAGAGAAGUUGAAAAGAGCAACUCUGGCUACAAGCCACAGAGAGGACUAAAAGCAGGCACACACAGCAGGUAGGAUGAUGGAGAGAAUGUUUAAGGAGGAAAAGCACAACACAGUCUCAACUAGGAUUGCUUUAUCAGUGGGGACUCUGUAGUAACACAUACCUCCAAGAGGAACGAAAUUAAGAGAUUUUAACUGAAAGUGGUAGUUACUGAUUUCACAGCACUUAUGGCUAUAAAUAUAUAUUUAUAUUUAUAGUCAUGAAUAUAAAGCAUAGUCAUAUCUAUGACAAAAACUGACUAUGCUUUGUUUUUAUAUUCCAUAUAGAUAAAGAGGCAUAUAAGAUAAGAACUAGUGAAGGGAUAAAUUCACAAUUUCUUUACGUAGUACCUCAUGCAUUUAAUUUUUUCCAACGCAAUGCAUUUUCCUUAGUUUGUGUAGCCGAAACACAAGCUCAUCUUGAGUGAUUUGCAGGUUUGCUUGACUGUUUUCUGCUGUGACAGCUGCAAGAGAAACAUACCGUACCUGUCGUAAAUGUCACAGCAGGUAGCAGACAGCUCUUCUAAGAGAUAAGCCACCAGAUACAAUCACCUCAACUCAACCGCACACUGCACCACUCUGCUCUCACAGCCAGGGUCUAAAACUUAUGAGCAGAAUCACUUUAACUACUCCACCAGCUCGCCUGCAUGGGAGACAGAUGUGCGAUCAUGGCAGCUGUUGAGUCCACUGAUUCAUAUGCCAUGAGCCCUAGAGUGUUUUUUUUCCACAGUUUUAAUAUAGGUCAGUGACUUUGUGCCGCAUGGCAGGUUAACUUAUGCAGUCAGAGUUAAAAGAGGUGAUCUGUGCAUCUCCUGCCUGAAUCACUGAAACUAAACACUACAGUUGAUACAAGGUCUUCUCAUGAGUCAGCCUUAACUUUCAGCUUUUGUUCUUUUUUUUUUCCAAGAAUUGAACUCUACAGUUUUUAUUGGCCUUUGAAGGUUUUAGCAGGGUGCUAGACAAAUCCGCAUAAACUGUGUUUGUUAUGACUUUGAGAAAUAAUUCACAAAUAGUUUUGUAGUGUGCACACUGUAUACUCGUUUAAGUGGAAGGAGUUGAAAUCAUGCAGUCCUAAUGGGAGAUUGAUGGCUGUUGGUAGCAUAGAGUUAUGUCAUUUUAACAAAAGGCUUUUUUUUUUUUUUUUUUUUAAGUUUUCUGCGUGAAUGUGUGUGUGUGUCUGUGUGUGCAUCUGCAUUUUGAUAGUAGAGGAAGUUAUGUAAUAUGAAACUACUAUAUUACAAUCUGUUGCUAAAAGGGGACUACUGAGAUUAAAACUGCCAAAUGGCCCAAGCACUCGUCAGGCCAUCUCACAGGUAAUCCAAUCAAUUUGCUGCUUUAGUGUGGUCAUAAGGGUCUCACUCACUGUGUUAGCAGUAAUGAAACAAAGUGUCACAGCCUCACUGAGAUAUUCCCUCAAGAUGGGACAGUUUGCAGUUACUGUUGCUGUUUUAUAAACAUUUGGACCACUUACCUCUGCACUCUUAGAUUACAAGUUCUCCUGAACAAUGAACUUUAUAGCAACACUGAAAUGUUUGGGGCACCACUCUCUCUACUACAGUGUACCAUCAAAAGGAUUUUGAAGUUGUUACUUUUAAGGUGCUAUAUGUUAAGUUUUGCUAUUGCUACGUGGCCCACGUUACCAUUAACAGCUGUUUACUUACCAAGAGCUACAGCUAUCAUUACGUUCACAAGACAAAAGGUUAUUAUACACCCUUAUUAUACACCCCAGAGCUACUUCUUCAUCCUAUCAUGUUAGAAUGAGGGCAAACUGGAUGCUACUGUGACUCACUAUGGCAAUAUGGGACUACAAGAUAGGACAGGACAGAGCUAGCUGGUUAGCAUGCUAAUUUAAGUGGGAGAAAAGAUUGAUAGAUUACUCAUGGUGAUAAAAGGAAUGUAGUUUAAUCCUGAACUGGCAACAUUUCUAGACAGGUAAGUAGACAGCUGUUAAUGCUAACGUUGGCAUUGUAGUGAUAGCAAAGACUUACAUACAGCACCUUUAAAGUGACAUAGUUGCGUAGUGUUGCUUUAAUAAACAGAUGAGUUGAGUUUGAGUUACACUGUGGUUAUAUGCAUAACUGAAUAGCAGAGAGGGGAACUGGGAAAAGGAAAUGCACUGAUGAUAAGGUCGUAUUCCUUUCUGUCAAUUCCUCUUGUUGCUUUCACUGCCAUUAUUCAGUUGGCUUCUGCGUUAGAACACUUUAGAGCCUAAAAGCUACACAAACCUCACUGCUGAGUGUAGUUUUUUGGCUGUGCUAUAGGACAAACAGUUCUGGAUAGGAAACAUACACCUAUACCUCAGUACUCAAUCAAUUCUCAGCAAUUCACGUAGCCAUCCUUCAUUAUCACAUCUCUGUUCCGUGUAGUGUUGCAGUUUGAAUCUCAAAACCACAAAGCUGCCAAAUGCCUGUUUUCAAUCAACCUCACUUCCUCCAUAAACCUCAUUAAUGUCCGUUUAAGUACCACAAAACUGUGGAAAUGUCACACUUCCAUUCCCCAUCUGAUCUAACAGUUGGUGCGUAAUCAGUUUUUAGAAUUAUCCUUCCUUUUUUUUGCCUUCACAUCCAUUUGCUCUGUUGUUUUUGAUCGUCAUCAUUCCUGCCCUCUGUUACUGUUGCUUCACAGCCUGUUUCCCUUGUCUGUGACUGAAAUGUAAAUGUCUAAUGUUCUUAACGAAGUAUUGAGGAGACACGUAACCAUAAGUGGUGGAGACACAUACGAUGGUCAAAGAGCUUAAAGCGCAUUUGAAAGCAAAAACAUAGGCCUCUAAUUUGUCUGAGGCAGUGUUAAAUUCCCUUGGCAGCAGAGCUGUUGACGCUAUUUACAGCUUCUUUUAAGAGACAAAAAAAAGUUAGGGGUGAUUAAAAUAAUGGGCUGCAUGAGCUGUCCAUGUGCCAGCUAUAUAAGCUAAUCAUCACAUUUUAACUUGAUAAUAUUAUCAGAUUUGCCAAUUCAAAACAUAACAGAUCACAUUAACCCAAACAGGGAGCUCUUCCACAGUAACAUGAUUAAAAACACUGAGCCCAAUAAAAUCUCCAAAAUAAGGAGGCAUCUCUUUGUCACUUUCAAAUAACUCAUUUAUAGUGUCUUUUUUUUUUUUUUUUUUAAACUGAAUCAGUAUCUUCCUGCCUAGUGAAGAAUGGAGAGCUGUGAAAUUUGUUACAGGUUUUAUUUUUGUGUUAUGAAGGUUGGUGCUUUCAAAAACUGCAGAACUGCAUGACACAUCAGAAACCCAUCUCGCAGCACAUUUUUAGUUAUUUGGACCGCAUCCACCCUCAAUGUAAAGAUGAUAUUUUUACAGAAAUAAGAAAAAUAGGAAUUAUUUGAUACAUAGGUUCAUAUUCUGUUGGUUUGCACAGCACUAACUUAGAUAUCUGUUACUACCCCAGUCAAAGUGUAGUGUGUGUUUGACAAGUUGCACUAGCUUACUGCUGCCAAACUAGAGGCCUAUGUCACUAAAGUCUCAGAAUUUAGCGAAUGACUGAGUGAAUGAGAAGUCUACAGAGGAUUUUCCCCCUCUGGCAGCCAUAUUUGAGGAUGUCAGCCUUUUGGUUAACAACAGCUGCAAAAGGCUGAUUGUGUUUCUAUGUUUCUAUGCAUGAAACGUAUCCGUCUCAACAGAAUUUUACUAGAAUUGUUUAAUAUUUGUGCUUUUUUUGUUUGUUUGCUUUGACUGUGAACUGAUUUUUUGAUUCUGUUUUUUUGUGUUGAAUAUGUUGUCACCUUUGUUAGCUAGCACCUUAGUGUCACGGUCGUUUUUCUGAAACACUUUUUUUGUUUUAAAGAAGAGACAAGGACUAAAAAGAAAGAAAGACAUUUAAGCAGUAACCUCAAUUUAGGAAACAAAACAAAUCUGCCUUACAGUUGAACGUACACCAGAUUUGAGACACAACUUCAAAGCCUAUACAGUGAAUUUUUCUGAUCUUAAUGUGACUUUUUACUCAUUAUAUUUCUUUUUUGUUGUUGUUGCUUUCAGUGUAGUGAGUAUCAGUCCUGGGCCUCCUUACAUAAUUUCACCUGAGUCAGCCUCACCCAGAUUCUGGUCAGAACCAGCUGAGUGCUCCUUUUUAUUAGCCUACUGUAGAUUCAAAUAGAGGUAAACUGACAUGUAUCAACAUAUGUACUUUAUAUGCUUUGUAAUGGUUUUUGAUUAACCAUAAACUGUUUUAUUGUUUUUAAUAAUUGAUUUUUAUUUGUUGAUGUUUUAAUGAUACAAAUUCAAUGACUACUGGAAAAAAGAAGUACUGUUGAGUUACUUCAGAUUUAAUAUAAUGUUUAAAAAUGUGAAGGAGCUGAAUGCAUGAAGAAUCAUACAAUGCAUCUGAUUGGUUGCAUGCUGUCUGCUGAACCAGGCUUGCCAAAGUCUUCUUGUCUAUGCAGCAUUUGCUGGGCUCACGGUCCACUGCCUGUGACCACUUCACUUUUCUGAAGUCUGAACAUGUAUAAACUCUAAAAUGAUGAAUGUUCACUUGGACUUCCCAAGUUUGCAUUUGUGCCCUGUAGCGCUCAGAGCUGUAGCCUGCAGUAGUUUCAGGUACAGCUAAACCUAAAGUAGAGCCCCUUUUUAUGUUACCUAAACUAUAUACUACUAACACUACUACUUACUGUUUUUAAGACUUUGUUUUUAUAAUUAGAAAAGUUUGAGUUGUUUUUUAGUUGUUUUCCCUGACAGUCAAAAUGGAGAAAUCCUCACAUUUCCCUUCUGUGUUUGUUGUUGUUCAUCUGCCGGCGCUAGCCUGUGGCAUACAGUAUGCAGGUCAGAGCUACAGAGAGGCACAUUCGACACAGUAGGCUGCACAUGAAUAAGGACAGGCUUAUGUUAAACCCUGUCUCACACAAGAUGAAGCUAGCAGGCAUGAUUUAGUUUCUAAGUUGUUACAUUCUUCCAGAACAAGUGGUCAAAUGAACCAGAAUAACUGCAUGUAUUAACAGCCUCUGAUACAACAAUCACAUAUUUCCAUUUUUAGUCAGUUUGUUAAUAUUUUAUUCCACUAGAGCUUCAUUUAAUUUAGCAUUCAUUUAAAUUUCCUGCUGAUAUCUUUUGUCAAGUUGCCAGAAAACACAACCUGGCUUUGCCUCAUUACACUUUUCCUCUGGCAGAAAAAACAAACAAACAAACAAACAAAAAAAAAACACUUAAAGUCUUAAAGUCACUAUUACAAUAUUGCGUCUAGUUAUUCUGCUCUCCAAUGUGCCGUUUCUCUGCUCCUCUGACUUCAGUCUCUGCUUACUGUUUAACUGCUGUGCUUUUUCCUCUGCUUGAAACCACACAAUGUGAAACAGCAUAGAUGAAGGUCCAUAUAUAUAUAUAUAUAUAUAUAUGUGUGUGUGUGUGUGUGGUGUGUGUGUGUGUGUGUGUGUGUGUACGUAUGAUUUGCAAGACAGUCAGCAACUCAAAUACUGCCGUAGACCACUUAUAGCCAGAAUCUGUUGCCAGUACCAGUCAUUAUUUUUAAAAUUUUUGUGAAAUAAUGUUUUUUUUUUCAUUGCUUUUGGUCACACCUGAAUCAUGUAGAGACAUUUUAAUGCACCACAUGUUCCAGAAACCUUGUAUUAUUCAUGCAUAUUUUGCAUUAUCUUGACUGUUGGCAUCAUGUUUUCACAGCUGUAACUAUUCCAACUUUUGCAGGUUAUAUAUUCUCUUUUAUAUUUGUGUAUGGUCCCAGGGCACCGCUUGGCCCAGGCCUUCCCACAGCCUUACAUGUUGAAAUAUGAGUAAUAUUUCAGUGCAGGGCUCUGCUAAACUUUCCUUCUCUAACCUCCAGUAAGGUUGCUGCAGUUAAACCUCUAUUGCCUCUCUUCACUUCAUAAAGCUACCAGCUUCUGUCCUCCCUCCACAAAGCUAUCUGUUUUUAAAAAAAUAUAUAAAUAUGUAUUUCUGUUUUAGUCAUUUUAUGAAACGUUCUAACAAGGCCAGUGACGUCACAAGAUCUGAAAUUAAGUCAUGCUGCUAGAGAAAUUAAUGUAAUUUCUUUGUGUUUUUGUCAAAGUAAUUUUGAAUCUGUAUCAAAAGAGGCACAUUUUUUCUAUUAAACCAACAAUAAAGAUGUAAUAUGAAAACAA